AUGGUCGAGGCGGCCCCUCCCACAGAAUCCGGGGGCUAUGGCGGCAGUGGGCAAGCCCCUAGCGGGAACAACAGCUCGUGGGGGCCGUUCAGGAGCGCCACUAACUACGGCGCCAACAUGGCGGUGGUGAUGGGUAUCCUGUUUUCGGCCUUCGUCCUCGGCCUCCUGCUAAUGGCCGCCGCCCGGUUCUUGCUCCGCCGGCUCUGCCGCACGCCGCCCGAAGGCCACCCGGGGAAGGCCGUCACCGCCGCCGUGAGCAGCAGUGGCGCGGGCGGUCCUCCGACGGUGUACGCGGCGGGGGAGACGGAGCUGGUGGGGUCCGCCGCCGUGUGCGCCAUAUGCCUGUCGGAGUUCGCCGACGGCGACGCCGUCAGGGUGCUGCCGCCGUGCCGGCACGGCUUCCACGCCGAGUGCGUCGAAGGUUGGUGGGCGUCCUCCUCCUCCGCCGCCACCGCCCUUUCGAAGCCCCUGCACAGGAACGCGCCGCCCUGCUGCCCCGUCUGCCGGGCCAUCAUCUGUCAGAGCUCCCCAGCGCCGGAGACGGAGCACGGAACCCGCCCUCGAUCAUAA